CAUGGCGAAGAUGCUUCACGUAAAACUUCUCGUUCUUGGCUUUGCCGUUCUUUUCCUCUCUUCUUCAUUUUCACGGGCAGAAGAUGAAGAUGUUGAUGACAAAGAUGCCGAAGGUGAUGAUGAGGAUGAAGACCUGACCCCAAAGGAAGAAGAUGAUGUUCUGGUUUUGACAGAGAAAAAUUUUGACAAUGUGAUCUUUUCUGAGGACAUCAUUUUGGUUGAGUUUUAUGCUCCAUGGUGUGGUCACUGUAAAAGCCUGGCUCCAGAGUACGCUAAAGCUGCCAAGACACUGAAGCAGAGCACCCCGCCGGUCCCCUUGGCUAAGGUGGAUGCCACUGUAGAACAGGCACUGGCUCAGAGAUUUGAAGUUUCGGGUUACCCGACUUAAUUUUUCAAGGGAGGAAAGCCGUUUGAGUUUGAGGGUGGGCGUAACGCAGAUGAUAUUGUGACGUUCAUGAAGCAGCGUUCUGACCCUAACUGGAAACCUCCUCCCCCAGCCACUAUUGUCCUGACCACUGAGAAUUUCACGGAAACUGUUAACAAGGAAGAGCUGAUGCUGGUGGAAUUUUAUGCUCCAUGGUGUGGUCACUGCAAACAGCUGGCCCCCAAGUACGAGAAGGCCGCGCAGCAACUGAAAACUCACGACCCCCCAAUCCCCCUGGCCAUUGUAGACGCUACUCAGGAGAAGGGUCUGGCUGCCCAGUACGACAUCUCGGGGUUCCCUACCCUCAAGGUGUUCAGGAAGGGGCGGGCAUCAGAAUAUAAGGGUCAGCGAGAAGCUAUGGGUAUUGUACAGUACAUGUCAGACCAGGUUGGAGAAGCCGCCAAAUUAAUUGCCAAUAAAAAAGAGAUGAAGGCGUUUUUGAAUGUGGAUGAUGUCACCGUGAUGGGAUUCUUCAAGAACUUAGAGGAUCCUCUGUUAAAGAUCUACAUGGAGACAGCCAAUGAACUACGAGAAGAGUACAAAUGGGGUUACACACUGGACAAGAGCUUGUUGGAACAGUACAAAGUGAACCCAGGGACAAUCGCUGUUCUCCAGGCAGAGCGCUUCUACACCAAAUACGAGCCCAAGUGGAAGAUCUUAGACAAGGCCGAUGCCACAUGGGAAGACAUUAAGACUUUCGUUCAAACUUCAGACGUGCCUUUAGUUGGUCAUUUCACUAAACAGUCCUCCACAAAGCGCUAUCUUAACAAGAGGCCCCUGUGUCUGGUGUACUAUACUGUGGACUGGUCAUUUGAUCACAGAGAUGCAACCCAGCUGUGGCGGAAGAAGGUGGCAGCCAUUGCUAAGGACUACCCUGACAUCACCUUUGUGAUAGCAGAUGAAGACGACUUUAAGCAGGAAAUGGCUGACAUGGGACUAGGUGACUCCGGAGAGGAGAUCAACAUUGGCAUGCUCGACAAGGUCGGACAGAAGUUCCGCUGUGAGCCUAUGGAGGAAUUUGAAGAUGAGGAAGUGAGAGAGUGCCUGGAUAAUUUCAAAGCUGGUAAACUGACAAAGCAGAUUAAAUCACAGCCUGUCCCGAAGCGCCAAGGACCUGUCAAAAUAGUUGUGGGAAAAACAUUCGACAAAAUCGUCAAUGACAAAACGAAGGAUGUCCUCAUUGAAUUUUACGCCCCCUGGUGUGGCCAUUGCAAACAGCUGGAACCCAUAUACAAGAAACUUGCCAAGAAGUUUAAAAAUGAGAAAAACUUGGUCAUUGCAAAAAUUGACGCCACUGCCAAUGACUCUCCGAUGGAGUAUGAACUCUCAGGCUUUCCAUCAAUAUUUUUUGCACCGGCAAAUAAUAAAAAAGAACCCAUCAAAUAUGAGGAGAGUGGUAGAGAAGUUGAAGACUUCACAAAGUUUAUAGAAAAACAUGCCACAGUGUCUUUAGGUAAAUCCACUAAAGAUGAAUUGUGAGGUUUGUUUGAGUGAAAUUUUAAUAUGAAGUUUUUAAUGGUAUGUUUAUACUAAGUAUAAUGAACAGAGCUUUUCUAGGCUUGAUGAGAAAUAAGUUUUGUUUCGCUAAUAAUUUUAAAGAAUGAAACUAUGAAAAAGCAUCUUGUUUAUGUAUCAACUUUCUUUUUUUGUAACGGAUGCACCGUAACAAAAGUUCCAGUCCAUCCAGAGUUGGUAUUCCAUGCUGGAAUACUUGACAGACUUGUUAACCAAAAGCUGUUACAUAUAUACAGUGCUGGUUUCUGCCUUACGGGGACCAAAUCCUUGAUUCUGAUUGAUUCUUGUUUAAUUUACUUUGGUUGAUUCAAGUAUUACUUUUGCUCAAUCUGUCCUGUAACCAGGAAAUUGUAAACCACCCACAGACCUGUACUUAAUGACUGCCGUGAAAGAAUUUUCUGUCAUUGGCAAUAAAUUCUCAUUUUUGUGGACACGAUGGGCACAGAUGUUUAUCAGACAUUUGUAAGAGAAGUUUUAGUGCAAGAUGAUUUCAAUCUCGUGGUCCUGACCUCUGUCAUUAAGGUCAUUUUUUUUUUGGUAGGCUUUUGAAGAUGAAUGAAUUAAACUCAGUCGGUUAUCUUUAUGUCCUAUGGCAGUGCGUAAAUAGUGUUGGAGUAUAGUGCACAUGUAGGAUAAUUAUUGUAGGAUCAUUAACAAAUAAUGUCCUUGUUCCUGUGUAGGAUUGUUGAUUGUAGGAUAAAUCUGGGUUUGUUCAGGAUAGACGUCAUGUAAUGCUUCUCAAGGUGAAUUUUCCUAAGGAGAAUUUUCUUCAAAAUGAUAGAACUUAAACGUGAACACGGCUAUCUGAUAACAUGCAAAUCUCGGUAAAAAGAUCUCUGUAUCAGAAGGUUGAAUAUAGGUGUAACCAUUAUCAACUCAGUAUUUGAUCAUGGAGAUAUGAAUCUUUCUUGAUUUUAGCUGCUGCUUUUUCAAGUCUGUUAGAGUAAUAUGUCUGCUGGUUUAAGAUGAAUCCGAGUAAAAUCGCACUGUGUGUAUUAUUGUCAUUAACUAUGCAAUAGUUAUGAAAAUCUCGCCGAUUGUCUCCCUUCGCAAGCCACUCUCCAUUAUGUAGAGGUUCGAUCCUUUCGUUCCACCAAGGUGACAGACUUUGAGCUAUGUGUGGUCCGAGAGUGUCCUCUGGUAUGACUAUCGUUUGGUAGCUCUGUAUAAUAAUCACAUCAUGGUCUCAUGUAUGUAUUGUUACAUAUUUUCAUGCAAAAUAAAAUAGUAAUGUUGAUAUAUU